AUGGAGGAUCAUUGUUCCGAGUUGGAAACCUUCAUGCAGCAGCGAAAGAUGCCACCUCACUUUCCUGUUGAAGAUGUAUCAAAGUCUUUUAGUAAUACUCAUCUGUGGGAUGAUAGUUUUCAUGAUCAUAAUAAUGGAUCCGAUGAUGGUAGAAUUGAAUUCAGAUCGUUACCCUUUUUUGAUAGACUAACUUCUACCCGUCUUCUUGAGCCUUCUUCAUCAACUUCUGAUUUGUCAAGACAAUAUAUGAUCCCUGAACAUAACAAUAAAACUACUACUACUUUCACCCAACAAGGCUCUGCCCUUGAUUUUACAUUUCCGAGAGCUUCUACUUUUGUCAAUUUCUUCAAGUCUUCUGCAUCUGCAGAUAAGCUGACUCAGUCCAGACUUCCUCAAACAUCAUCUGAACCAUCUCAUUCUGUUUCUGCAGCCCAUAUUAACCUUUCUGAUUUAACCUUGUUUUCAAAGGAAGCUAAGAUUAUGGACCCCUCACUCAGCAGGGUGGAAACAGUUGGAAGUAGCUCCCAAGAUGCUUUAUUGUCUGAUCCCUUGCUACAGUGUGGCCAAAGUCAAUACCUACCUGCUGGACAUAAUCGAUGGCUGAGAAUGAGCGAGGAUUUCUCAUCAAAUGUAGUCAGUACUGAGUUUAGGCUCAGUCCUACCAAGACACAGGCAAUGAAGAAGUCCACCGGGAGAAGGCUGCAGGCCUUGCUCCACCCUCACAAGAGCUCAUCAUCAUCAUCAACAACAUCAGGGAAGUUGUAUAGAGGAGUAAGGCAGAGGCACUGGGGAAAGUGGGUGGCAGAGAUCAGAUUACCUAGAAACAGGGCAAGGGUGUGGCUGGGGACUUUUGACACAGCCGAGGAGGCUGCUUUUGCUUAUGAUACUGCAGCUUAUAUGCUGAGGGGAGAAUAUGCACAUCUGAAUUUUCCGGAUCAGAAGCAUCUGCUUAAGGCGAACUCCUUAAAUGGAGAAACUGCUGCACUUCUUGAAGCAAAGAUACAAGCAAUAUCCCAGCAAGGUGGACUAAAGAAAUCUGUUGAUCUUCUUCCAGCGUCAUCCUUGCUAAUGAAUAACUUGGCUGAUCCAAAUUCAAUAAGUAGCAGCAGAACAGCUGGCCAACUUUCAGUGAGGAAAGAGUGGCAAUUCGAGUUGGAUGGUAGAGUAUUAGGAACAUCUGAGAUGAUUGAUAGUAACAAAAUGAUGAGAAGCCAUGAAGCUUCAUGUGACCAUAGUGUUGAUACACACGGUGUCCAGUUAAGUAAAAUGCCGUCCUUGGAUAUGGAUUCCAUCUGGGAUGCUCUUUUGAUUUCUGAUACUACAUGA